AGUGCGCGGAUGUGGGUGUCCGUAGCGACGUCAGGAAAGUUUGUGGCAUCGAUUCCCUUUAAAUAGUAGCCUAGCUUAAAAUAUGUAUUCUGACAUACAUAGACGUUGUAAUAUACAUUAAAUGUAUAACACAGACUUAAUUUCGCUGACGGUAAAUGUUCGUAAAACGUCUCAGAAACUAGCCAGGACACCCCUACGAUCACAAAAGAGUUGCCGGACAAGUUCCAGCUAGACCAUUUGUAGGCUUCCUCCGAGGUUGAAAUCAACCACAUGAGUAUAAUGAACGCAGUUUUUCUCGGCGCGUCUUUGAUUUUUUGGAGUUUUCCUGCCGACGGGAGUCGCAGUGCACUAAAUGACUACCAGCGCUCCGAGGGGAGGGAGCUGGUGGCUAAACCCUGGAAUGCAGACAGGGUGCGCCUGAUCCCCGGCCUCACACUGGAGCAGUGUGCCCAGAGAUGUACAGAGGGAGUGGAUUGCAGAGCAUUCAACUAUGAGACUCGACCAACUCUCGCUUGCAAACAGCUCCCCUGGGUUGGGGAUGGAGAUAACGCAGAGGUCAAGAGGAAUGUGAACUGUGACCUUUAUGAGAAGAAAGUGUAUGUGAGAAAGUGCAUUGUGGGAAAGGGAGAAGACUACCGUGGGAAAGUGUCAGUGACAAAAAAUGGCUACAAGUGCCAGCAGUGGUGGUCAAAGUUCCCUCACGACCACAGAUGGACUCCCACAGCCACUAACGGCCUGGAGCUGAAUUAUUGUCGGAACCCAGACGGGGAUCCAAUUGGGCCUUGGUGCUACACCACUCACCCAGAGCACCGCUACGAGAGCUGCAGUAUCCCCCACUGCAAAGAUGAGGUGUGCAUCAGGUGUAAUGGGGAAGACUAUAGGGGACAAGUGGACCACACUGUAAGUGGCCGGGAGUGUCAGAGAUGGGACCAGCAGCACCCUCACCAGCACAUAUACCAGCCUGAGAAGUACCCAGAGAAAAGCCUAGAUGAUAACUACUCCCGCAACCCUGAUGCGUCACCAGUGCCCUGGUGCUACACCACGGACCCUUUAGUUGAGAGGGAGGACUGUGAAAUCCGCAGAUGCUCUGAAGCCCCGACGCGGCGCCUGCGCCCCAGCUACACCACCAACUGUUUCCGCGGCCGCGGGGAGGAUUACCGGGGGAAAGUGAACGAGACGACCUCAGGAAUCCCCUGCCAGCGCUGGGAGGCCCAGAAACCUCACCAGCACCCCUUCUACCCACACAUCUACGAGUGCAAGGGUCUCGAGGAGAACUACUGCAGGAACCCAGAUGGAUCUGAGGCACCCUGGUGCUUCACGUCUGUCCCAGAGAUGCGGACGGCACUGUGUCUGCAAAUUAAACGCUGUGCUGACGACAUUGAGGCAGAAGAUUGCUAUCACGACAAUGGAAAGAACUACAGGGGCACGGUCCAUAAGACCCGCAAGGGCAUCAACUGCCAGAAGUGGAGUGGGCACACCCCACAUAAAACCAAGAUCAACCAAAAGACAUACCCAGAUGCGAACCUGACAGAGAACUUCUGCCGCAACCCCGAUGGGGACCAGCAUGGACCCUGGUGCUACACCACUGAUCCCAAGACAGAGUUUGAUUACUGUGCCAUCAAACGCUGUGAUGGAGUGAUCAUUGAGCCCAGUAUCAGACCUCCAGAGAAAGUAGAGUUCAGUGAAUGUGGCAAGCGAGAUGACCGGCCUAACCCUAGGCUGCGGAUCGUCGGAGGCGUACCGGGAAACUCUCCCUGGACCGUCAGCCUCCGAGACAGAAAAGGGAACCACUUCUGUGGGGGAUCUCUGGUAAAUUCCGAAUGGGUUAUCAGCACGAAGCAGUGUUUCUCCUCCUGCUAUGUCGAUCUUACCGGGUACUCUGCAGUGAUGGGGACUCUCUUCCGUGACCCCAAGGUAGGAGAGCCUGACAGGCGGGUCAUCUCCCUCACCAAGAUUGUCUGCGGGCCUUCAGAGUCCCACCUGGUCAUGUUGCAGCUGGAGACCCCAGUGCAGUUUAAUGAGCGCAUUUCUCAGAUCUGCCUUCCCCCUGAGCGACACAUAGUUCGAGAGGACACCAUCUGUGAGAUCGCUGGCUGGGGAGAGACUAAAGGCACAGGGGAUGAGUCAGUGUUAAACGUCGCUCAGAUGCCUGUCCUUAGCAACAAAGAGUGCAACAAGUACUUCCGGGGUCGAGUGAAGGAGAAUGAGAUGUGCACCAAGGCUUUCCAAGGAGGUGUGGGUGCGUGUGAGCGGGACUACGGAGGCCCUCUGGCCUGUCAGUACAGUGACUGCUGGGUGCUGGAGGGGGUCAUUAUCCCCAUGCGACGGUGUGGCCACCCUGGCCAGCCCAACAUCUUCAUCCGCGUCUCCGUCUACGUGGACUGGAUCAAGAAGGUCAUGGUCAUGGCUUAGUAGCCCCAGAGACGGUCCGCCCCGUCCAGCAAACCCCCCCCCCCCCCACCCAGUGCUGUUUUGACCCCUAACGACCCCUUCUGCUGUUAUUUUUAUCUGUGAACAUUAUACUCUUCCUACACUUUA